GAAAGAUUUGGUGUAAAACCUACGUUGGUUCUCAUAGACUGCAGUGAAAUGGAACUUGGACGAAACCUUGGCCGACGCAAGGGUGGAGGUGGAGAUAGUCUUGAAGCAUCCAGAAGACGGCUCGAGAUCUAUAGAGAAUUAACUUUACCUUUACUAAAGACUUUUGACGAGGAAGGAAGACUGAGAGUUGUCGAUGGGGAUUCAGAUUCAAAUCAGGUGCUGAGUGAUUUAAACCGUGUACUCAGUACAGAGAUGUCCAGUCUACUUCUGGAAAGUGUACUCAAACAGGAUACAGGUAAAUAUCAAAUAUUAGCGAAAGGGCAGAAAAUUCAAAAGAAGGAAAACAAAGAUCUUGGUAAAACUGAGGAUCUUAUUGAUGAGCUUGAACGUGAGAUUGAUCAGGAGAAUGAAGCACUGGAGAAAGAGAUUGCGGAAACAUAUGAAGAGGUUGAGGUCACACUUGAAAGUCCGACACGGGGAGAAGAUGAACCUGAACCUGGACCUGAACCUGAACCGGAACCGGAACUGGAACCAGAACCUGAACCGGUUUCAGAUCCAUCCAAUGAAGCUGAAACAGAACCAAAAAUGAACGGAAACACAAACAUUAUUCCCGAUGAGUAAAGUAACACCAAUUUGGGAAAAUAAAAGAAAUGAAAUAUGA